UAUGCUGUUGCUCCCUCAAACGGGCGUGAUACUGAACAUCAACGUGACAUUUGAAGGAGGAGGUUGCCAACGAUUCUAUUAGUGCAACGAGGAUGGUUUGGCACCGGUGAAGGUUUUUUUUGGCUAACAACAAUUUAACGACCUUUUUUCAGAGUGAGCGGUAAUUUAGUUGUUUUUCAGACCGUGUUAUAAGUCACUUGUCCUGCAUUCUCACAGCCGUUGCGGUCUCUGCACCAACAAUCACACCCGUGCUGCACGUCAAGGAGGAAACUGUCACCUCUGCUUCGACUGAAUCUUCAACAUCGCUCCUAAAUGACAAGGAAGAUGUUUACAGAUGAACCCACCACCCUAAAGAAGCAAACCUCCACCAUGAAAACAUUGGCUAGCUGGAGGCUAACGCGCCGUUGCUAGUUAGCUAAGUUGGCUACAUCUGUUUGAACUUUGUUGGCACACCACCGUGAUCAACUUGGGAUAUCAAUCUUGUUUCACCCAGACGGAUCCAGAGAAUGGAGGAUAACUCAUUGUGUUUUGGCAAAAGUUGGCUAUCAUUCAGCUCACAGUGAAGCCAUGCUAGUAUUUAACGUGACUCACGGGGUGUUGAUGAAUGUGUCCCUCGGCUUCGUCGGGUGUUGUCUGGCUGUGGUCUCUCACUCAAACGCUGCUGAUGACUCGUAAAUGACUAAAGAGAAGAUUGGGAUCGUCUUCUGAGACAAAGACUAAACUCCUUAACUUGACAAAAACAGUCUUUUUUUUUUUCUUUCUUUAAACUAUUAUCAUGGGAUCCCUAAGGGCUCUCCAGGAGUGGUGUCGGAUUCAGUGUGAAAAUUACAACCAUGUGGAAAUAAAGGACAUGUCCUCGUCCUUUCGGGACGGUUUGGCAUUUUGUGCCAUUAUACAUCGAUUCAGACCAGAUCUCAUGUAAGUAUUCGGUAACUUUAUAAGAGAGACUGUUAAAAUGCUUAUAUUACUCUAGAAAACCUCUAUGGGGAAUAACAGCAGCAGACCAAAGAAGCUGUUCUUUUCAGUUCAUGUUUUAGAUAUUAUGGAAAGUAGGGCUGGGCGAUAUGGGAAAAAGUUUAUCACAGUAUAUCUUUUCUCAUAUUAGUCGAUAUAAAUUAUGAUAUAAAAAGAACCAUUUGUCAAUCUUAGAUGUUCCCUGUUACUCUUAAAUGAAAUUUAACUGUGCUUAUUGGUAGUAUGUCUUUUGCUCCUGCAUCUAUGAGGUCUCUGUGUCUCUUCGAUGUUUGGUCGUAAGGCGUUGCGCUAGACAGAACUGACUGACCCGGGAUUUCCCCCGCUCCCGGAACGGGCAUUUUCGCUUUAUGCCAAUUCCUACGGGAUCCGUUUUCGUAGGCAAAUUUCGUAGUGGAUUACGGACAGCGGUAAUCGCGAGAACUCACAAGAACCCGCGGAUUCACAAGCUGAUCGCGCGAUAAACCUUUCACUUGAAAUACGGUCAGUGUUUUAUUUAGAAAAGAAGCCAGAUGUUUUAUUUUGUGUCUGUGCCCUACUCCCUUUCCAGCACGGGUUAAUUUGUGCUGAAUAUAUCCGGCAUUCUCCAGCGUCUGGAAAAAAUAAAAUAGAACUCUUGCGAUUAGCUGCAGAAUCCGGCGGUCCGCAGCGGAACGAAGCCAGUGGAAAUUGACACAUUGACACAUUGACACAUUGACAUGAAUGGCUUCGAUCGCUGGACAUGGCCUUUUCAUAGCCAUUUUAGAUGCGGUGGAAAUUGGGGGUGAAUCGACGGUUCGGCGCGGACCUGGAGCAACUCCCCUUUUCAUUGGCUAUUCGUAUACUCUACCAAAACAUGGCAGUAGCCGGCUAUCGAAAAGCAUAUUGACUGUGUUUCAUAUCGAUAUCAAGGGAAAUUUAUUUUUGAUAUAUAUCAUUAUCAUUUUAUCGCCCAGCCCUAGUAGAAAGCAGAGAUGUUGUUAUUUCGAAAUGAUUUCAAAGUACUUACACAGCAGAAGCUCAUUUAUCCAAAUCCCAGAAUAUUUCAUAAUCAGUGCCCUUGUGUUUUGUCAGGCUCCGUUUUCUAAAAAUAAACUCAUUUGCUCUUUCAGGGACUGUAGUCGUCCCAUUCAGAUUCAGCAAUACUUAAGCUCAAUGUGGUGUUGAAUAAUCAUAUCCAAAUACCAGUACAGAUAUUUUCAGGAGUAUUGUGUAGUGAGGAGCCAGUGUGCUGUAAUUAACUAAGGCAGACAAGCCAUGCCCUGUCUGUAACAACACGCCCCUCCUGUGGAUUUUGCACCUCCACAUACAGUAGAGAAUCCACACAAACAGCACUGCAGUAUUUCAGGGGAGGCAUGCCUUUCUUAUUACAUAAUCUUUUUAAUGAACAGUUGAUAAGUUAAACUCAAACAGACCAAUAGUAGAGUAUGCUUCGAUUAGUAUUUGCAUAAAGAUAGAUGAAUCAUGAGACCGGUGUGUAAACAUUUUGGUUUAACAGAAACUCAGACUGACACUGAACUUGCAUCUGUGGGGAAGAAGGUGGUCCCAUUUACACACAAUGCAGCUCUGUGCAGUUCAGUGGGCAGUGCACACUGUUGACAGCAUCAAGAUAAGUAGUUUGAUUCUGUUUGAAACAUGUUGAACCAGCCUUGUUGCUGUAGGUGGGUUUUCUAACACGGUCCACUCAAUAGAAUUAUUAUACAGAGGAAAUUUUGCACUGAUAGAACUUUUUGCCAACUCUUCAGAUGGUCCAGACUUUGGUGUGCAGAUUUAACAAUACUUGAAAAGCAGAAAAGGACAAGUCAGUGAGCUGAACAGACCUGCACCUCUUCAGUUUGUGUCCUAGCAUGCCUCUUGUGAAGCCGGAGUGGCCCUGCAGAACUAGAUCUGACCCACUCUGACAGUCAGUCGGGCUGAGACCUCCGUCUGUCAAACUGAAUUUAGCUCCAAUAUUAAGAAUUAUGUAUUCUCUGAUGUCCAUGUAUUCUUAACAAGAUACCCUGCAGUAAUACAAGAGAGAUAUUGGUACGGUCAUUUAACCCGGGAGUCAGAGAGGCUGCAAGAACUUCACACAAAAUUGGAUUUUAAUCGGAUUCUUUUCACAUAGAUGUCUCCCUCAGCCACACUUGCAGAUCUGUUAUCAUAACACACCCUUUUUAUGUCAUCUACCCCUUAUCUCAAACUAUUCAGUGCAUCACGUUCUAUUUGAAUCUUCACAAAAUGACUAAUUCCCAAUAUUGCAUGUUCUUGCACAAACUUUUCCCACUGACUGAACCAGAUUUAGCAGCUCUACCGGCUCACCCAGGUUUUGAUCAUGUGGAUUUAAAUGGCUGACAAGCGGGACACGCACACUCUUCCUCAGCGGUUCGCCUUCCCAAAAUAAACUUUGGAGUGAGACUGAGUCACAGCGGAUUAGGUUCGCGACUCCAAUCACACAUGGCGGCACAUCAUCAGUGUCUGUGUCUGCCGGUGCCGUCUCCUCUGUCAGCGUCAAUAUUGCGGACCCUCAGUGGUUAGGUCAACAUAUUUAAAGUUUCUGCUUCUCAAUCUGGCUAUAUUGUUCUUUUCUGACAGAGCAGGCUUGUUGUGACAUGAUCUUGACAUUACAGCUGCUGCUCAGUGUGUUUGUGACCAUGGGAACUAGAUUAGAGAGAACAGAGGUCACUUUGUUUUGCUCCAACACGGAGCUCAUUUAUAGGAUUUCGCCUUCUUGAGACUUCCACAUGGUCUACACAAGCUCUCACUGGGGUCAUGGAGCUUUUUCUGCCCUGCCUCGACACACUUGUGCUCACGCUCUUAAGCACAUAACCACACUUUCCUUUCUGGAACACCUCAGACUUUUUUUUUUACUGCAGGAUGUUUACUGGUGAGAGGCCUUACUGUAGUUCCUUGCUUUAGGCUUUUCAAAGCAGGGCCUUGUAAUUAUCAGCCCAUCACUCCUGUUUGAUGCUGGAGCUUGUUUCCUUUUGUCCAAGCAGUUUUACAGCCAUCAUUUCAGGGUGGUUCAGGAGCUCUGCUGCUUGGCAUUCUAGCCGUUCACGCUGUCAAGCCAAUAAUAGCUUUCUGAUGGUUCAUAACAUACUGUAAGUUAAAAAAAAGAGGGGGGCCAGCAGGCUAAAUACAGUGCCAGCCCGUGUCAGCGUGACUGAGACAGUUACUUCUUUGUAAUCCUCUUCAGUCCUUCUGAUAAAUUAAAAUAACAUGAUUUGUAGUUUGUUCAGUCGCUUCUUUUGAGUCAAAUUUAAAAACUGACUUUUACAGACGUGCUUUUAUGUGAUGCCGUCUUUUAUCUUUUAGCUUUAUCUUUUAUCUGUCGUCUCUUAUCUCUUUUAUCUCUAUCUCAUUUUGGCUUUACUAUCUUUUUAGCUUUUUUUCAUACUUGUACUCUUUUCUUAAUGAACCUUUUAGGCCUUUUAUUGUUUUAUCUCUUGCUCAUUUCUGUUGCUCUAUUUUAUCAUUACUAUUAUUAUCAGGAUUACCUGUUAUUAUUUUAUAAUCAUUGUUGAUAUUAGGGCCCGACUGAUAUGGAUUUUUUUGGGGCCGAUACCGAUUAUAAGGGGGAAAAAAACCCCAGUGAUUAUCUUUGAAAGUUUUGGAUUGUAACAUUUAUUCUCUCUUUUCUCUCCAGAGACUUUUGUUCAUUGUCUAAAGAAAACGUUUACGAGAACAACCGACUGGUGAGUCAAUUUCACAGCUUUAUAUUUUGCAGAUUAAGCAUGCCUGUUAUCUUGUAUGCAUGGGUCUUUACCUUUUUUGUGUGUAGUGAAAUCAUCUCAUGAGCUGAUUCAUACCUGUAGCCUCGUGACAGGCGUAGCAUCGUCACUGAAUGUGUUUCUUUUAGCCGUUAAAGUAUUAAAUCCAAAGACUACAUGCAGUCAUAGUGGGUGGGACUCGUGUAUGUUUGCCUGUCUGUGCAGGAUAGAAGCACUGAUGAAGUCUGGCAGGGUUAGAGGGAAAGGGAGGAGGCCCAAGUGUUCUGGGGUCUGAAGAAAAAUCUUGACAGAAGCCUGUGGAUAGACCAUGUUAAGAGGAUUUCAAGAGCAAAAGUGCUGAAUUUACAGAUUAUCCUAAAUCAGGGGAUUGGAAGAACUUUUUUUUUAAAUCUUAUUCCUCAUUUUGGGUUUUUCUACGUCAUCUUAAAGCUAACAGACUAACAGAAUUGCGAGGGAUGAAAUGGGAGUCUCCGUAUUUUCAGUCUGAGCUAAGCUUUGGCUGCUGUCAAGAGUCUUUUAAUCCAGCAGCUUCAGAAAAAGCGAAGUAGUUCAGUUUUAGCACCAGAAUUGAAUACAGUGUGCCAGCUGUCAUUUGGGUUUGCAUAGAUCUUACUCAGAGGCAUUUCUCAUGGAUGAAUCUGUGAGUGUAAAUGUGGUUAAAACCCAAAUCAUCUAGUUUAGAUUUAAAUAUUAAUGAGCCAGACGUGAGCACACUCCUUAAAGGGACGGUUGAAGCUCUGAUGCCUUUAGAGUCACACUGUCUUGAGAUUGAUGAAUAUUAUCUACUAACAGCCUGCAGCCUCUAUUUUUAGAAUCAGAACUAAGCUCUGCAGGAGGGGACAAUCUGCUCUUCAGUAGUCAAAACCUCACUUUAAUCUAAACUGCUGUCUAACAAUGUUUGCAUAGAUUUCACUUGAUGUGAUUAGAUGCAGUGCCUCUCAUACAAAUAUCCUUAUUGAUCUAAAUGGAGAGAGCGAAUAAAGAAUUGAGUAAAACAUUUUCAGGUAUUCAGACGCUCAUCCUCUCAAAGAUAAACUGUCUGCCUGCUCUCAUCCCUCGUGAUAUUGAGCCGUGCACGUUUUUUUUUAAACAUCAGUUAUUAGUCGCUGAGGUUUCUCCUGCCGUUCAAGUACAGUUCAGGUAAAUGGGCUCUUAAUUUGCCAUUAGAGGAAUCCGUUAAAACAUGUGAGAGCAAACCCAAUCUGUCUGCCAUUUACUCACUUUGACAAUUUUUUUUUUCCAUGCAGCGACUUAGUUCUGCUAAAGUUGUCCAAAACCACAAAAAAAACCAAGAGGAGUUGUAAAGUUUCAGAGUCAGGACUUGUCGAGUGACAAACUGUGUGGUUUUGACUGUAAAUUUAUUUUUUAUUUAUUAAGAAAAUAACCACAGCAGUUUGUUUUAAUAGGUAGUAGGUAGGGCUCUAAUCGGAGAAAUUCUUGGUCAACUAAAACCCUGAAAUUUUUGACCAGAAAUCGACUAAUGGGGGGCGGGGGUCCGACUCUGACAGUAAACUCUUCUGCGGUAGGGGAAGGGGGAAGGUCUCGCCCUCCUUGCCUCUGAUUGGCUAGAAGUGCUGGGCUCCGAUUGGUUAUUCCUUAUGGCUGUGAAACGUCAUCGUCUGUCGGGUUAAAGUAAGGGUUAAAGUUAGGAGAUUCAGAAGUGCGAUAAUGUUCUGUCAUGCUCUGUUUGAUGUACAGAGCCGACAGCCCACGUUUGGCUUGAGCGUGUGAUGAUGUUUCCAGUUUUUCUAGUCAGUCAGAGGCAAAGGAGGCGGGACAUUCUCCUACCUAUCACAAAAAAAAUUGCCCACCGGACAUUGGUUAAUGUGGACUCUCUUCAAUCUAACCGUCUCCUGUCGGUCUUCAGUGGGUUGGGCAAAUACAAAAUGGUGAAAACAAGGGGGUUGUUCUGAGACAGGCUGUUACCUGUGAAACGGGGGUGCUCUGAAAACAUCCCUCCCAAUGAUCUUAACCAUAGACUGUUAAUUGAUGUGGAAAAAAAUUGAAUUGACCAAUCAGAAUUUUGGUCGACUCAGCACGUAUCGAUUAGUCGACUAGUUGACUCUGACUUUACAGCCGUAGUAGUAGAAGGUCUAUUGUUGUUUUAAUGAUGUUUCAUUAUUAUUCUUUAAGUUCUUCAGCGUUCUCACUCUCUCCUCCCUCAAGUGUCCUUCUCUAUCCUUCCUCUUCGUCCUCUCAUCAUCUUUUCUCCGUCACAGGCAUUUGAAGUGGCCGAGACGCAGCUGGGGAUUCCAGCUCUGUUGGACCCCGAAGACAUGGUGUCCAUGAAAGUCCCUGACCGGCUCAGCGUCAUCACGUAUGUCUCACAGUACUACAACUUCUUCAACAACAAGUCUCAAGGUGAGCACAAUAAAUCAAGUGGAAACAGCGCUGACAUAAUCAUCUUUGGCUUAUUCCUGUUUUUUUUAAUUGUUCAUGAUUUUGACUUCUUGUCGUAUCUUUUAACCCUUUAAUGCCUGAAACCAAAAUUAUGGCCAGAAAAUUCAAAUUUUUCGAAGCUGAAAUGUUUAUUUCACUUAUUACUGAAAACCAAAAAGAUCAAAAUGUCCUUAAAUUUUAACAAAUAUAUUUAUUUAUCUUGUUUAGUACAUUAGAUGUUUUUGGAAAUUGAUAAACCACAAGAGGACAUUUUUAUAAUUUAUCAGACUAUAUUUGGGGUUUUUUUUUUGUAAUUUGUUGAUCAUAUUGAUUUGAUAGAAGUAUCAUAAAAGUAUGUAUGAAAUAUGAUACAAUAGGCAAUAAAAGUCUACAGACAUUUAAUCGUCAUGACUGAAGUAACCUUUGUGUGUCGCAGUGACUUUUAUAACUAGUUUAUGUGAUUCUUUCUUUCCCGCAGCAAACCCUCCUUGUAUGAAAAGGCUGGGUCCUGCUGGUCUUCAUGAGCCGGCUCAGAAAAAGCCUCCUGCCCCCUUGGAUGACAGAGUUAUUGAGGCUGAGGUAAGAUGCAUUUGGCAGCAGGACAAUGCACACAGGAAUGUGCACGUGUCGAUUAUAAAUCUGGACUUUACUCUGGGCCACAGCUAAAACUGAAUCGCCGAACUGCACCGCAUUUCUACGACACUGCAUGUAAAUAGUUUCAUUCUUUGAGAAACUUUUGUCUUAUGGUGUCCUUGUGUUGCCUGGAUACGCCCACAGAGGCCUCAUAUCAAGCCUCAGGAUUAUCAGCAUAAUUCUGCAUGUGCUUUGUGGGGGUAUUAAGUCAUCACAUCUGUACAAUACAAAUCCCAUCCUGCCAUUGCAGUACAACAAUGCCCAGUGUCCAAGUGCAUUAUAGUUACCACUUCCUUUUGUGGGCUUUGUGUUGCACAGCAGGAGAAAAUAGAAGCCACAGAGGUAGAGUAAUCCUAUAAAGAUAGCCUCUGUAUCCUGUCUCUCUUUUCUUUGCAUGCCCUCGACUUCUUUCCUCCAUCCCCAUACUCCUCUGUACUAGCAUCCUCACCAUUCAAUCCCCAACCCCCCUCUUCAGAUGGAAAUCCAUCCCACUCCCUCCUCUUCCUGCUCUUCUUCCUCCUCACAUCUGGUCCCCCCUCCGCUCUCUGGUUCUGAUCCUAGGCAGUAGAAUGGGGGUCGGGUCGGGGUGGGUUUAAAGCAGUUAGGUCAGUCUCCUUUAACCCGCUCUUGUAUAUAAAAUACUAACUGUAGUGCUAGCUAACCCUACCUCCUAUAAUGAAUCAACUAAUCCUAAGUGUCGAUCAUACCCAGAAUACGUGAUCCCCAGAGCCACUAACCCAAACCGUUUGGAUUUUCUUACUAAAACAUCUUCCUAUAACUCGAUUCUUUCUAUUUUUAUAUUCAUCAAAUGUUGUUUUGAACUUCAAGGAAAUGCAGAAAUAAAUCACAUGAUUAAUCGAGCAGUAGCUGUUAAAUUAGCCCAGUAGAUGGAGCUAGCCAAACAAAUUGAAAAAAUCCACAACAUCCUGAAAUCCUGACUCCGUGUUUGAUCUCCCCCCUACUCCAUCACUCCCUCAUCUCCCCCCUGUUCCCCUAACGUCUCCUCCCUGUCCUCUGUCUGCGAACAACAUCCCGGUCACUCGCUCCAGUCGAGCGAGACUGAGCAGACAGGUGUGGGAGUGGCUUCAGAGGUCACCCGCAACACGCUCAGCAGCACCUGCGCCGCCUGCCAGAAACAUGUCCAUCUGGUGCAGAGGUUUCUCGUGGAUGGCAAGCUCUACCAUCGCAACUGCUUCAGGUGACACUGCUGCGACAGUCUACCCGUGUGUCUUUCACAAAUUUGAGCCCAAACUUAAAGGGAUAUUCCAGCUUAAAAUUAAGUUAGGGUCAAACACACCAUAACACCAAGUUAGACACCUCCUUGAGAGAUGAAUGUUGCUGACUGCUUGCUUCUCUAGUUAUACCAACUUGAGUAACGACCGCAUGAUAGCAAUACACAGCAGUCUAUGUCUCCACUCUAUAGCCACAAAUAAUCAGAACAGCACCUAACUUCAUCAACAGGACAUAUAGGGUUCCAGCCAUAGUACUAGACACCAAACAUCUUUUUAACUUUGCCUGCUUUCUUUCGCAAAGAGACUAAACACAACUCACCCACUCUCCUCCAGCAGCCUCUUGUUUGUGGGGGGAGCCCUGACGAGUCGAUCACCAAGUGCAGCGGAGUUUCGCAGCUCAAGGAAGAACAUUUAUGAUUAUUACUUCAUGGAAAUGAAAUCAGACCGAGACGCUAAGGCAGAACCACUGCGUCUGCAGUGCAAAAUGACUAUUAUGAUGAUUAUUACUUCAUGGAAAUGAUCUGCUGCACUCUGUGAUCGACUCAUAAGGGCUCCCCCACAAACAAGAGGCUGCUGGAGGAGAAUGGGUGAGUUGUGUUUGGUCUCUUUGCUUGAGAAACCAGACAAAGCUAACAAGUUGGGAGUGGGACCCUGUAUGUGCUGUUGAUGAAGUUAGGUGCUGUUCUGAUAAUUUGUGGCUAUAGAGUGGCUUUCUGAGACCGCUGUGUAUUGCUUUCAUGUGGUCGUUACUAAAGUUGGUAUAAGUAGAGAAGCAAGCAGUCGGCAACAUUCAUCUCUCGUGUCUAACUCGGUGAUAUGGUGUGUUUGACCCUGACUUAUAUUUACACCAGAACAUCCCUUUAAAAUUUGCAGAUCUCGGCAAGUGUGAUCUAAUACACAUUUUACCAAGAUGGGACUGGUUUAUCUAUUUACAAACACUUCAUAUCAUGAAGUUGUAAAAGUCAGAAAAAAUCUUUUUUUUUUCUUUGUUUCUUAUUUAUUUAUUUUUACCAUAAACUGCUGAUUUAAUUUCACUCAUUUUAAAAUACUCUUGUUUUUUGAUCAUCUCAGGCUGAUGGAAGGUCUUAACGCUGUUGUGUGUUAUCAUUGCCUCAGGUGCACUGAGUGUCACAGCACUUUGCUUCCUGGAUCCUACAAACUGGGAAGUGACUCAGGGGCCCUGGUUUGCACACACCAUCUUACAAGGAGUGCUUUAGCCUUUCAAAACGGCCGGCCAGAUCUCAGCAAGAGACCAGUGGGGGUUCAGUCCGCCAGGGUUGGUCGCAGCCCAGCUCCUCACCUGUCGCCUCCUGACAGGGAUCAGGCAAAGACUUCUCCGGAGAGGCAAGAGAACAACACCGACACCCAUCAGGACGACUCUGCAGAGAGGACAGAUCCACCGGCCUCUUUGGUAAAAGCAACGGACACAGAGGAUGGGGGAGAAAGAGAUGAGACACCACGAUCCUCCUCUCCUCCGAACCCUUUUGAUGAGAGUGACGAAGAGGAGGAAGAGGAGGAGAAAGAGCAGGAUAUCGAAACACAAGACAAACCAGCAACGAACGAGGACCUCCCUCCUGCACCAGUAGGUCACCAUGACAGUGCUGCUCGCCCGGUUCCUGCACCCCGCAGGGUCUCUGAACCCACACCGCCUCCUCGCCCUGCUCCUCGAGUUCGGCUGACCCGUACAGGAGACAACCUGAGAGUUGGUAUGUCAUCAGUGAAGAGUGUAAAUGAUUGAUGAUCGAUUGGAUCAACCAUUAAUCUUUUUUUUACGUUCUGAUUGAAAUUCAAGGUGAAAACCAAAAGCCUCCGACUCCUCCCAAACCCAGAGAAAGAUCUCAGUCUCCUGGAAGGUAACUGAGUGUUCAUCUCCUGAUCAUCUUCAUCAUGGUCUUCAUCUGUUGACAGCAUGCAUUAUGGUUGUUUCCCUUUGUGGUCUACCCUCUGUGACCCCUCCAUCCUUGUCUUUGUAUCUCACUGCCCAGCCUGUCCACUGGCACCCAUAAACCUAAAGACCCACCUUGGCUUGCUCUGGUCCAAUCAGAAUCCAAGAAGAAGAAAGCCCCUGCCCCUCCCCCGGCCGCACUGGCAACACCCCCCAAUACAGGCUCUAUGUCCUCUCUUAAAGGGGAGGGCUCCAGAACCAGCACCCCCCCUCCGCCCGCCAACCCGUUCGAUGACGAUGAUGACGAAAAUAAUGAGGUGGAGGAAGAGGAGGGGCCUGAAGGAGGUGCAGUACCCGCUACAGUGGCUGCUAGUCACCCUUGGUACAGCAUUACACGGGCAGCUGAUGCUGGAGGUGUGGAAACUCCUCCAAGUGGAGGAAGUUCAUCCCGCUCUGCCAGUCCUGGGAGCAGCAAGAGCAAGAAACGGCCGGCGCCUCCAGCUCCACGACCACCUGCAGGAAACCAAGGUCAGUCUGAUCAGUAUCACAGAUAACAGGCAUCCAACUGUAGCUCUCCCAUAGACUGUAUAUACUAAGGACAACUUGGCUCCGCCUUCCGCCAGUAUACGGGCUUGAGGCCAAAAAGCUCUUGGUAUUUCUGCGUUUUUUCUGAAACCAACAUUGCGCAGUAGUCUUGUACGCAUUCGGCGGGAGAGUCGCUGUGAUGAUGCUCGGUUCAAACAGCAUAUCCCUCAGGUGAGCGACGCAAUCUUUGUAUAGGCUGUAUCAAGUGUCAAUCAUAGACGAACCCCCUAAUAACUUUUAAAAAUGGAGUUGUACAAAAAAAAGAGGACUUGAGCACAAACCAGUCUUACAAUACCGACAUUUCAACAUCGCAACCAGGGGGGAGAAAAAUGUAUAUUCUGUGUAAUAAAUUUCUAAAGCUUGUGCACAGCUCCAUAGGGAUUGCUAGAGGUGGCGGGAUUUAUGACCUAUACUGCAGCCCGUCACCAGAGGGUGCUGUUGGGUGGCUUCACCCAGCGAGGAGGCAGACGGCGUCCAUUCUAUAUACAGUCUAUGAGCUCUCCACAAUGAUACGAUCUCGAUGUUGUCACCAUGCAGCAUGACAGUAGUUUUAAUAGGGGUGUUCCAACAAGGGAACCUAACGAUUUUGAUUUUGAUUAUGAGAGCUUCAAAUUCUUCAUUUCUAAUGAUUUUUGAUUUGAUUAUGGUGCCACAAUUCAUCCAUUAUUGCCAUUUUUAAUCCUUAUUUCCAUACAAGAUUGAAUUUGUCUUCAUUUGUCUCUACAUUUGUAAAUAAAUAGCUUAUCAGUUAACUCAGUUCCUGUAGAACUACACUCAAUAAGUAAAUAAGUUUUUUUUAACAUUUGACUCGUAAUUUUCAAAGACAAAAAAUAUUUUAUUUCAUGACUGUUAUGUAAACAUUCAAACCUACUUAACUUGUACGGGGAAGUUUGGAGACAGUCUCCAGGAUGGUCCUCUGUGCAGCGGGCAUGACCAGAGGAACCUUCUCUGUUUCAGGAUCAAAGCGUUCAGGUGCUGCCUCAUGUUUGUGGCGUUGCUGAGGUUCUUUAUUUCUGCUUUGCAAAUCUUACAAAUCGCGUAGGUCUUGUCAGUCGUCUUAUUUGCUCUCUCAUAAAACCCAAAGUGCUUCCUCAUGGUUACAGUCAGCCCCGGCUGGCGAGAGAAUCAGCCACCCUUUGGUUGCCAUUUUGCAAAGAAACUAACUUGCUCUGUUUGUUGUGGUCCCUCUUACUAAACAGUCGGGGCGGCGCACACGCGUUAAGGUUCCGGUUAUGUGUCGACAUUAUUAUUUAUUUGUUUAUUCAUUUUAAGCAUCAGUGUUAAUUAAUCGAUACCGAAUCGUCACGUGAAGCAUCGACACAUUGAUGAAUUGCACCCACCUCUAAAUUUUAAAUAUAUAUGUUGUGAUGAGGAUGUGCAUCUACAGCUACAUCCUGUGGAGUGUGUUGAAGUAUUUCUCCGCCCCUCUGCCUUUCACUGCACACAUACUUGCUAUGAAACAGUCUACCUAACAGAGAUUUGAUUACAUAAGUUAAGCUGUCUCAUUUCUUUCAGCCUCAUCAUAUACUUUUUGUUGACAGUGCAACUUCCUCCUCCUCACUGACACACUUUCAUAUUUACAAAGAGCAGCAGCAGCCGAACCACAACCGCCAGUAUCACACUCUUCACGCUUUCUGUUUCGCACAUUAAGCAGCCAGAGAACAAAGAGUUUCAGUGCGGAUGUGAAGGUCGUGUAGAGGGCCCUAAAUAUACAGACAGCACUUCUUUAAAGGUGCAGCACAUUGAAGUUUUAGUGGAAUAGAAGUUGACUUUGUUUUUUUGUGUCAUCUUCCCUUUUUUAAUUUCAACCUGCUCCUGCUACUUUGUCCCUGUUUCCUCUCCGUUCCCUUGGUUUUCCUCUUUAGUUCUCUCUCACUCCCAGCCCUCCUCUUGCUCUCCCUCUCCAGCUCUAAGCACGGAGAGUCUGUCCUCUGGCUCAGACCACAGCUCCUCCCAGGCCCCUUCGGGCGGCAGUGUCAGCAGCGAGCAGCCGCACGCCUUCACCAAAAGCGUCUCAGAGCCCUCCAUCUGUUCACCCUGUGAUCCUACAGCCCCUUCGUCCUCCUCUUCAAAUGAGCGGCUGCCUCAGCCCUCUCAGAGUCUCUACCCUUCUCCCAUGCCGUCAAAUGCCAGCUCAGCCCCGGCCACUCCACAGACAAGCCGCAGCAUGGGGACCAAAGCCCCUCCGAGACCCCCUGCAGCACCCAGUCCUUUGGCCUCUGGAGCCAGCCAGUCGCACAAUAAGGUAACUGUGAUUUUCGAAAUUUUCAUGUUUUUCUUCCAAUGAGAAGAUAGAUUUAGCAUUUAUUCCCGCUGUAUGUCUCUUUCAUUUUAGCGGAUAUGCAAGGAGAAUCCAUUCAACAGGAAAGCUUCCCCAUCCCCUGCUAAAUCCAAAACCAAACCACCAAAAGGCCCUCGACCCGCCAGACCUCCCGCACCAGGCCACGGCUUCCCUCUGAUCAAACGCAAGGUACAAACUCAAAACAACACGUGGACUAUGUUUUUAAAGAUAGAAUGAAUGGACGUUAAAAUGAUCUCAACAUCCAUCCAUCCAUCAGGUGCAGUCAGACCAGUACAUCCCAGUAGAGGACAUCCACGGGGAGAUGGGUCAGCUGGAGAAGCAGCUGGACGAACUGGAACAGAGAGGAGUGGAGCUGGAGAAGAAGCUGAGAGACAACCCAAAUGGUAACACCACAAACUACUUUAAAAAGGGUUUUGUUUUGGUUUUUUCAAAUCAAACAGAUCCCAGUAUUAUGCUGCUUUCAAGAUACCUCAGAAGUCAGAAGUCCGAGCUGGGAAUGACGUCACACCAGAGUUACCAGUGUUUCAAGUUUUGUUUUUUUCCAACUUGGCGCUGGUAAAUCGGGUGUGACGUCGUUCCCAGCUCGGACAUCUGACUUCUGAGGUAACUCGAAUGCGGCAUAACACUGCAAAGACACAAGACUAAGCGGUGCUCUGACUUCAGUAUCUCACAGGAGGGUAGACACACAAAAAAGUUUGAUAAGUAGCAAAUUUGUCAUAAAAGUGCGACAUAAUAGAAACACGUAUAUCUCUGUGUUUCUAAUUUUGUUUUCCAGAUGAGGACGAGGAGCGCCUGCUGGUGGACUGGUUCACCCUCAUCCAUGAGAAACACCUCUUAGUGCGGCGGGAAGCUGAACUGGUCUACACGUAAGUCUCUCAGAGUUCAGUGCCGAGGAGUCGUUUCUUGUUCAGAGGUUAUGCUGCGUUCCAGUUACCUCGGAAGUCAGAUGUCGGAGCUGGGAAUUGUGUUACACCCAAGUUGACGGCGGUCCAGUAAACAAAUUGGAAAACUAAGAAGGACGCCUACUCUUAGCUGUUGUUAGCUAUACCAGUUCUAAACAACGCAUAACACAGUAUUUUAAUCUUAGAAACACCAUAACACCAUGUUCACAGUUAGACGCUCGGCAUUAAAACAUACACCACUUGUUUAAUUUCACAAAAACUAAACAGAAGUGCUAAUAAAUGACACAUUACAAGAGCUUUCACUGUUACUCUUUACUGUUGAUGCACUGCGUAGCCAUCUUGGAUUAUGAUGUUGUCGUCAAGUUGGGGUUGGUGAGGAUUGUCCGACUUUCCGAGUAGGAAAUCCGACUUCAGGGGAGAGCUCCAGAUGAAUUUCCGACUCCGAAACUCGGAGUAUAACUGGAAUGCGCCUUUCCUCCCUCAUGCUUCUGUCGUUUGUGCAAAAACUCUCUUAGGGGGUAGUUGUAGGGUCUGUAAAGUUGUUUAACUGUUUUUGAUGUCAAAGCAAUAAUUGGUAUUAAAAUCUGCACAGAAUAAAGAGCUUCAAAUUCAAACCCUGUCAUCUAAACCUGUUACCGCUGCAUAUUUGGAGAGGUCUUUUAAUAAUUGUGUGUUUUUUGUUUGUUAAAGCCUUUUUUGUUAAGAUGUAUAACUUUACCUUUAUGUGUUAUUGUUGUUCUCUGCAGAGCAAAGCAGCAGAACCUGGAAGAGAGGCAAGCAGAUGUGGAGUAUGAGCUGAGGUGCCUUCUCAACAAACCAGGUGUGUUUAGUCUGAUGAUGAUCAUGACGGUAGAUUUAGAUGCGAAUGAGGAUUUUCCAGUUUUGCUCAAAUAUUCCCUCAUAGGAAAGUUGAUGAAAUAUGAUGUGCAUUUAUCUUUAUAGCAAUUAUCUUUGCUUUUAUUCAAAAACAUUAUCAGUUUCAAGCUCAUUAUCAUCCUUUUUUUUUUUUUCAGAGAAAGACUGGACGGAGGAGGACAAGAGUCGGGAGCAGGAGCUGAUGUCUGAACUGGUUACCAUCAUCGAACAGCGAAACCAAAUCGUCAACAACAUGGACCAGGACCGACAGAGGUGACUAAAACCUGACAGUGAUUUGUGUUACCAUGCACUGACAGAGUGUUACUAUCAUUGUACUCUGCAGCUACUAACCGUCAUUCUGCCACAGGGAAGAAGAGGAGGAUAAACUUAUGGAAGCCAUGCUCAAGAAAAAAGGUACGAUGAAGAGCAGCUGGUUAAAGAGUGUUAAAUAAAAGCUGCAUGUUCCCAGAAAAUAAUAAAAAGUUUCACUUGUGACUUUCUCCACUUUUGAAACAUAAAUCCUAAUGUUGUUUUCUUUCCCUUUUUUGUCUUAAUCAGACUUUCAUAAGGAUCCUGAGAGCGAGCAGCAGCAGCAGAAGAAGAAGAGCGCAAAGUUCAAACCCAUUAAGGUGCUCAAGAGGCUUAGCCAUAAAGGAGAACCGGGUAAAGGCCACAGCCCCCGCAAGGAAAAGUCCCCAUAGGACUGACAAGUUCCCCACCGAGGGGAUGUGAUACUUUUUUUUUUAACAAGACUAAAGAAAAUUAAAAGGAUACGAGGACAAACAAGCUCACCAGGUCAAGAUGAGGUCUCCUUUAACUGUAACCCAGUUACAGUUAAAGCAACCCAGAGUCCACACCCUGCCUCACAUCUGACUUUAAAGACGAUUUUUAAUCGCCUUUGCAUAUUUUUAAGAGAUGGUGUAUCAAAUGCGCCAAUAGCUGACAUGCUUGUUCACCGGUCUUGUCCAUGCAAGCACAGUACAAAGUGAUCCAUGCACUGAUCUGUUGCUUUUGCUUGCAUUGCGUAGCGUGUCUGACCCGUAGGCCUUUUAUCGAAGUUCAGCGAAGGUGUGGUCUCUGCCUUUGCUUUGGAUGAAGUUCAUUCCUGAUAUCUUUAAAUCCUUUCGUCAGCUUUUACUCCGUUCUGACUUGCACUUCUUGUGUCCUUGUUGAUUCCAAAGGUCAGUUGAUAGAUACCUGAGAAAGUUUGGUUGAAGCCUGUGGUACUAAUGAAAGAGUUUCAGAUGGACUGUGUGUGCAAUUUUGCAAUAUCUACCCUUGAAACAUACUAUCAACAACUGAUACCUAAGCUCCUCUAGCUGCUAUGCAAUGUCUGUGGUUUGCUUGGUUUCUUUGCUGUUAGCUCUGUUAAGGUGUGACUUUUGUAAAUGCAUAUCAUCUUGGACAGAUGAGGCUACAGUGUGUGUGUGUGUGUGUGUGUGUGUGUGUGUGUGUGUGUGUGUGUGUGUGUGUGUGUGUGUGUGUGUGAGUGUGUGUUGCAAAUCACUCAAGUAAGCUCUGGGUAGUCCUUCUGGAAGAACCAUAGACUGUAUAUAGUAUGGACAACUUGGCUCCACCUUCCAUUGUUACACGAAUUUGAGGGGAAUUGCUCUCGUUAUUUCCGGGAUUUUCUCCACUUCCUGGAACCACCACCUGCGCAGUAGCUUUGUAUGAAUUCGGCGGGAGAGUCGCUGUGAUGUCGCUCGGCUCAAACAGCGUAUCCUCCGGGUGAGCUACUGCGGCAUUCGAGUUACCUCGGAUGUCAGAGCUGAAAAUGACGUCACACCUGAGUUCCCACCCACCAAGCAUUUUUUGGUCUAAAAGAGGUCUAAUAGAUGUCUAAAUGUAGACGACUGGUCUAAAAUCAGGCUACCACAGGUCUAAAAGUGAAAGUUUUUAGGUGUCUAAAUUUAGACCAAGUUUAGACUAGCCGGUUAACAGAGGUCUAACUAUAUAUUGCUCAACGGCUAUCGUAAUUAUUUUGGUUAAGUACUUGGAGGUCAGUUAUGUAACUCACAGAUGCUUUUUGAAAUAAAUAGAUAUCGAAUAACGGGUUAAAGUGCAACAUCCAAAUUCUGUCUAAAAAUAUACAGAAUCUGGACGGUUGAAAAUAGGUCUAAAAACAAGAUGGCUACAUCUACGAAAGUUAUUUUAGCGCUUGCCUUAUAUUUGGACAAGACAAGCGCCAAAAUAACUUCCACUUUCGAUUUUGCUUUUUUCCGACUUGGUAACUGAAACACUGUAACUCGGGUGUGACGUCAUUUUCAGCUCGGACUUCUGACUUCUGAGGUAACUCCAAGCAGCAUACGUAAUCUUCGUAAAAUCAUGGGCUGUAUCAAGUGUCAAUCAUAGAAAACAUGAACCCCUGAAUAACUUUUAAAAAUGGAGCUGUACAGAAAAAAGAGGACUUGAGCACAAACCAGUCUUACAAUAACUACAUGUCAACAUCACAACCAGGGGAGAGAAAAAUUUAUAUUCUGUGUGAUUAAUUUCUAAAGUUUGUCCACAGCCCCAUAGAGAUUGCUGGAGGAGGCGGGAUUUAUGACCUAUACUGCAGCCCGUCACCAGAGGGUGCUGUUCACCCAUCGAGGAGGCAGACAGCGUCCAUUCUAUAUACAGUCUAUGGUAAGAACUGCCUGUAAGAGACGUAACGGUUCAAAGAGGUCAAACAUGCAUUUAUGAACAUUACAAAAAGCAAACCUUCAGUAUUUAAAGAAGUGUAGCAAAACAACAGUUUCAAACAUCGGGGGAAAGCUGAAUAUGCAAUCAUUAAUUUAUAUUUUACUCUGCCUUUCUGUUUGUUUCCAUGUGUUGCCUUAUUUUAGGUGGAUAGGAAACUAUGUUACUAUUGCCUAUAGUGCCAUUUAUUUAAUUGCUUAUAUGUAUGUGUAUCAUUUGGUGGAGAUGAUGUAAAUAUGUUAACUCAUUCUCUUCCUGUUUUAGCAUUAAUAUUGUCUUUUUUUUUGUCCUUCUUUUUAAACGGUUUAUUUGUGUUUCUUCUCUGUGCCUGCCUGCAAUCAAGGUUCUCUGUAGCACCAACUUAACUUUCUCCUAUAACAGUAGGAUUAUAAAGAAAACUGACACUGGAGGGCGAAAGAAUAAAAUACCUUAAUGCAAGAUGUU